ACUCCCGAGCAUUGAAGCGAGUCACCAUCCAGCACUGAGCCCGGAUGCGGGAGCGCACGCUCGGCCACGCAUGCGGUGGAUCAGGCAAGCUGAUCGGUCAGAGCGGGAUGGACAUCUCGGCUCAACCGAAAGCUGCUGGACGUUGUCCUUUUUGGGAGGCGCUGGAGCUGAGGGCGUGAUGAGGAGCGAACCGUCAGUUUCCAUUUAAUUUGCUGUCUUUACGCAGGGUGGAGAGGUGCGCUCUGCCGCCUGUAAUCCGCUUGGCGGGGAGGAGCAGGGAAAGCUCUCCACACUGAAGCAGAGUGAGAGGGGAGGGACAGCAGGUUAAGUCGGAUACGGACCUACAGAGUUAAACAGCGUGCGGUCAGAUGGACCGACUGUAGUUGGCAGGCAGGCUGCUGGGAUUCCUCUGGCACGAUGAGCGGACCAACAAAAGUUAAGUUCCAGUCAGGCCUCUAUGGAGGAAACCACAACAGUAGCAGCUCUACUCUCUCCAGCAGAGAAAAUUCACCAAUCAUGUGUGAGCGUUGUCGGGAGGCUUGUCGUGGAGAGGUGGUGCGUGUGAAAAACAUGCACUUCCAUGUUCACUGCUUCACCUGCCAAGUGUGUGGCUGUGACUUGGUGCGCUCUGGUUUCUUCCAUCAUUCUGGUGAGUACAUCUGUACUGAGGACUACCAGCGCCUGUAUGGGACCCAGUGUGACAGCUGUGACCAGUACAUCACCGGAGAGGUGGUCUCUGCCAUGGGGAGGACGUAUCACCCACGCUGUUUUGUCUGCAGUGUCUGCAGGCGUCCAUUCCCAAUUGGAGACAGAGUGACCUUCUGUGGGAAAAAGUGUGUGUGUCAGCAGUGCUCACACUCUCUGAAAAAGGACAAGCCUGUUAAGAUUCUUGGACCGAGCUACUGUGCAGGCUGCAGCCAAGAGAUCAAACAGGGCCAGUCUCUGCUGGCUUUGGAGAGGCAGUGGCACAUCACUUGUUUCAAAUGUAGGACGUGUGGCUGUGCUCUCACUGGAGAAUACAUCAGCAAAGACGGGAUUCCUUACUGUGAGGAUGACUACCACACUCAGUUUGGAGUCAGGUGUGAGGGCUGCAGCAGGUACAUCAGCGGCAGAGUACUCGAGGCUGGAGGGAAGCAUUACCACCCGAGUUGUGCCAGGUGUGCCCGCUGUCACAUGAUGUUUCAGGAAGGAGAGGAAAUGUACCUAACAGGAUCGGAGGUUUGGCAUCCGAAGUGUAAAGAAGCAGCUCGGCUGGAGAGAAAACUUAGGCUGAGGCGAACCUCUGAGACUGCGUCCAUUUCUCCUUCAGGUUCCUCUCCCCUCCUCGGCUCUCCUCACCGGCUCAUCUGUGCUGACACUGAUGUUUUAGGCUAUAAGCAGCUGGAGGCUCCGCCCAGGGUCAAAACCAUAUAUGACAUCCAUCAGCCACACAUCAUCCCUUAUCAGGCUGAACACAUUGGGUUAUUAGAAGAUGCUGUUCAGAGAAACAGCUGUGGACCAUCUUUGGGUUCCUUAUCGCCGUACGCUCAUGACCUCUUGGACAGCGUUGAGUUGAGGAAGAGAUUUUCUUCCAGCUCUGCAUUCUCGGAGUCUCCUGCACAUGGUCACCACGGAGGAUCCCCGCUGCAUUAUUAUCUCCCCGGCAGUGAGAGUGGCAGGAGUUCACCAUAUUACGCUCAACCAGAGCCCAGGUGUACCACACCCACCUCCUCCACCUUCCAAGUUCCCAAGCAUUUCCAUGUCCCAGUGUCUGAAGAAAGCAACAUCUAUAGAAAACCCCCCAUUUACAAAAGGCAAGACAUUCCUGCAUCUCCAACCAACAGGAGUAAGAUCAAUGAGAAUCUCAUCAAUUCCAGUCGCCUUUCCACUUCCAACUGCAACAGCCUUUAUCACACAGACUCCAAUUAUUUCCCAUACGGUGGCUCUCCGAAAGUCUCCAGGCUGAGGAGGUUUUCAUCUGGAGGAGAAGAGGAUGGAUGGAAUCAUAAUAUAAACAAGGGAAUUGGCAGGAUGAUCUUAAAGGAAGAGAUGAAGGCACGAUCAGCGGUCCAGGACAACAACCACUGGAGGAGUGUGUGCAGCUCCCAGAGUAACAGCAAGGAGACGCUAAACAAUCUGGAAUACAACUCCCUCAAUGGCUCCCCCAGAUCCACUUUAAGUGCAGACAACGAGUCGUACACUGCCAAAUCUGCCUCGUUGCCAGGCUACGGCAGGAAUGGACUGAACCGGCCUGGAAGUGCAGACACAGAUUAUUACCAGUACGACAGCAGUAAUGCAGUUAACUGGCAGAUAAGAGAAUACAAGAUCUACCCAUAUGAAGCUUUGAUGGUGUCAGUAAGAGGGCAGCAACGUCUUCCCAGCGACGUGGAUAGAGCCCGUCUGGAGCGUCACCUUUCACCAGAAGAGUUUUAUCGAGUCUUUGGCAUGUCCAUGUCUGCCUUUGAUCGCCUGGCUCAGUGGAAAAAGAAUGAACUGAAGAAACAGGUCCGACUCUUUUAGGAAAAGUCACAAAACCCAGUCGAUUCUGCUGCAGUCCAGGUGGAACAUCAACAGUGCUCUGAAUGCUGCUUCCAAAAAGAUUUUACCUAGGACUGUAUGCCGAGCAGAAAGCAUUGGGUCUGACAAAUUGAUAUGCACUAAGGCUUAUUUAGCAAUAACUGUAAGGGCAGAAAUGGCUAAAUUGGAUGAUGGAAGCCUUACAGAAGAAAUGUGAUAAUGCUUCAACAGACAGGAAAUAAAAUGAGUGUGAUGCUACUUCCCCGCCUUGUACCAACAGAUGGCAGUGUGUCCCAGUCUUAGUCGGAGGUGCUGCCAUGCAGAAAGAUUCAUGUUAAAAUGUGAUCCUGGUUUUGAAAGUCAGCAGAUCAGAAGGAUAAAAGACCCAACUUUACCCAGAAACUGCCCUCAAAGACAAGCAAACGUCAUAACAAAAUAAACUCUGUGAGAAUCUAAGUAUUAAAGUUACUAAAUAUUAUGGUUUAUAUAAAUUACAACUACUGGAAACCAAAACUUCUCUAAUGUUUUUGUAUUGUGUAAUUGUGUAUUUAAUUUCUAUUUGAGAUUAUCUGAAGCCAUAUCAACAUUAGGACUUUUGUACUAUUUACUGAUAUGUGGUUUGGAAAAAAAUAAUUACAUGUGACUGAGCUGUAUUGUGGCUUUGAGUGUUCAGAACUUUAAAGUAAGUUUAGGUAAAAAAUGUAGGUUUAUUGCCUGAAAUGUUGCUGGGUUUUAUUUAAAGAAAGCUGAUUUAGUCUCUCACAAAUCAUAAAUCAGGCUGAUUUAUGAUUCAGCCUGAAUCAUAAAUCAGGCUGAGUGAAAAUGAAUGUGUGUGCGCGGUAACAUGAUAUUUUAAUGAAGGAUAUUUAGUGUAGAGAAUUCUGAUAAAAAUGGAAAUGAGAAAAGAGAUGUGGCAAAAUCUGUAAACAAAUGCGUGUGUAUGUAUUUGGGUUCACAGAUUGCAACAAUUCAUCACUUUUACAAUAUUAUCGCACUCAAACUUUUGUAUUGGUUAGAGGUAUUUCUUAUUUAUCAUCUACAAUUCUCUGUCUUUCAGUACAGCUUCUAAAUAAUUAUUUUGAUCUAUAAUGAUCCAUCUAUCCAUUUUUUAUUGAAUACACUCGAUGUGCUUGUCCCUGGAGGGAUUGCGAGAAGUGCUGGUGCCUGUCUCCAGUGAUUUAUAAUGAUGCAUUUAUUUAUUUUUCAUCUAUUUUAAAUGCAAACAUACAUGCACUGCCCUAAUUUGCACCGCUAAUAAUAUAUUAGAAAAAGAGACAAAGAAAAGAAUAUACUCUACAUGGCAGAAACAUACAGUGAGUGAUUUUUUUUUUCAUUUUUAAACUUAACUUGAAUAUAUGUAUUGACUGAGGAAAAAAAUCUGUCUUUAUCUUUUUUAUCUAUUUGUUUAUAUGUUUUUUACAACACUAAUUGUCAUAAUUAUUGGCAUCCUCAAUAACUGUUUUACAACUGUUCAUUUAUCAUUGUAGAAGUUUUUUAUUUGCUUUUCAUCUCAGCCAGAGAGGAGGAUUGUUAGUGAAACAAAAAACAUCCAAAGCUCUUCAUUAAACACCUACAGCAAAUUUCUCAUUGUGAUUAUGCUGCUGCAGUAAAUCAUGAUUUCACCUUAACAGCUUUCACACAUUUUUUUUACCAGAGGCUUUUUGUAAGUUUACAAAAAGUAUUCUGUGGUAGUUUCAUUUUUUAUCUUUAUAUUCUGGAAUCCUUUUUUUUUCAUCAUUUUGUGAGAAACAUUUCUUAAGCUGAAAGCCAUAAUCAUCACAAUGAACAGAAAUAAAAACAUGA